AUGGGUGAAUCCAGACAAGAGCUCCUCAACUGGCUCAACAGCCUCCUCCAGCUCAACAUGACCAAGGUCGAGCAGUGCGGCACUGGCGCCGCGCUCUGCCAGGUCUUCGACAGCAUAUUCUUGGACGUGCCCAUGUCCAAGGUCAAGUUCAAUGUCAGCGGCGACUACGCCUACAUCCAGAACUUCAAGAUUCUGCAGAACACCUUCCUCAAGCACCAGGUCGACAAGCCCAUCCCCGUCGAGCAGCUGGUGAAAUGCAAGAUGCAGGAUAACCUCGAGUUCCUGCAAUGGACGAAGAAGUUCUGGGACCUCAACUUCCCCGACCACGACUACGACGCGGUUGCGCGGCGGAAAGGCGCCGGUGUGGCGCCGGCCAACACUGGAGCGCCCAGGGCUACUGUCUCCAGCGCCGGCGCCCGACGAGCCGGCGGCGGCACGACCCCCAGCACCGGCCCUCGUGUCGCCAAGGCAGCGCCAGGCCCCGGCACUGCUGCUCUACAGGCCGAGAUUGGGACUCUCAAGGAGACUGUUAGUGGCCUGGAGCGCGAACGAGACUUUUACUUCAGCAAGCUGCGCGACAUUGAGCUUCUGAUCCAGCAGGCUGUGGAGGAGGACCCCGAGCUGGAGAAGCAGGAGGACGGCCUGGUCAAGCACAUCCAGACCAUUCUGUACUCGACGGAGGAGGGCUUUGAGAUUCCGGCCGAGGCUGAGGGUCUGGACGACCAAGAGACUUUCUAA